AUGUUAGGACCCUCUACGAUUCUCUUCCUCCUUGUAAACUCACAGAAGCAUGAGGUCAAUCCUGCUGAAAUGGCUACCCGGGCUCAUGCUUCUAUUGCCACCACCAAAGGUUCUGCCUUUCAUAUGUCAUCUCCAAAGCUCGAAUGGAUUAUUGACUCGGUUGCUACAGAUCACACGGCAUUUGAUCCUAGCCAACUUAUUUGUUGCAAACCAUCCACUCAGUCGACAUCUUCAAGGGGAAGACGAUUGAUUGCAUUGCCGUUGGCAAUGCCGACGUGUGAGCUAUGGAGUUUCGUCCCCCGGUUGGACAGCUCAUCCCUAGCCGCAGGACAGCACCUAGAAUUCUGCUGGCUAGCCAAACAAUCCCCCAGUUGGAUUGUUUCCCCAGUACAUUAG